CAAUCAACUCACGUGAACAUUUUGAUGGUGUAAUUGGAACUUCAUUUGUGGUCCAAAGUAGCGUGCCAGGGACAUAAUUCUGCAAAAUGAACAAUGAUAUAGAUAUGGAAGAUGCAGAAAAUGGUCCUGAAAGUGUUGUUAUUCUUGAUGCUGGAGCACAGUAUGGAAAGGUGAUUGAUAGAAAGGUUCGUGAAUUGAAUGUAAAUACUAUCAUUCUUCCAUUGGAAACUCCAGCAAAGACAAUUAAAGCUAAGGGUUACAAGGCCAUUGUCAUAUCAGGUGGACCAGGAAGUGUCUUUGAUCCUGCGGCACCAAAAUGGGAUGAUGAAAUUUUCAACAUUGGAGUUCCGGUACUUGGAAUAUGUUACGGAAUGCAGGCAAUGAAUGUUUCCUCUGGUGGAAUCGUGGAGCAAGGUAAAGUGAGAGAAGACGGACAGUUUAAAAUCAAAGUCGACAAGAAUUCUGACUUAUUUAGUGGAUUAAAUGAGGAGCAAGACGUUUUAUUGACACAUUUUGAUCAUGCAACAAGGGUUGCACCUGAUUUCAAAGUAACUGCAAAAUGUGGAAAUAUUAUCGCAGCUAUUGAAAAUCACUCGAAGAAGCUUUAUGGAGUGCAAUUUCAUCCCGAAGUUGAUCUAACUGAAAAUGGGGUUGAUAUGAUGCGAAAUUUCUUAUUCAAGGUCGCUGGAUGCUGCCCAGAGUUUACGAUCACGAGCAGGGAAGACGGGUGCAUAGAGGAACUCAAGAAAGAAAUCGGCCCAGUCAACAAAGUCCUUGCUUUGCUCAGCGGUGGAGUUGACUCAACUGUUUGUGCAGCAUUGCUUCACAAGGCAAUCGGAGCUGAUCGUGUUGUUGCUGUUCACAUUGACAAUGGAUUUCUAAGAAAAGAUGAAAGUACACAAGUCGAGGAGUCGCUAACUAGAAUAGGGCUAAAGCCGAAAGUUGUAAAUGCACAGCAUACGUUCUAUAAUGGAUCAACAGAAAUAACUCUCAAACGCAAUGAUAUAAACAUUCGCCAAAAUACUGGGCCACUUCACAGCGUUUCAAAUCCGGAAGAGAAACGAAAAAUCAUUGGGGACAUGUUCGUUAAGGUCGUUGAUGCCACAAUGAAAGAUCUUAACUUGGAUCCCAAGAGCACUUUGCUGGCCCAAGGCUCUCUUCGCCCGGACCUUAUUGAAAGUGCUUCGAUCUUAGCCAGCGGAAAGGCUGAUGCAAUUAAAACUCAUCAUAAUGAUUCUGAACUGGUUCGAGAGCUGCGUAAACAGGGACGUGUUGUAGAGCCUUUAAAAGAUUUCCAUAAAGAUGAAGUCCGCACUCUCGGCAAAAACUUAGGAUUACCUGCAGAGAUCGUCCAGAGACACCCUUUUCCCGGCCCUGGAUUGGCAAUUCGCAUUUUGUGUGCUGAUGAACCAUUUAUAUGUAACGAUUUCGCGGAGACGAACACAAAGCUUGGUUUUAUAGUAGAUUAUUCAAACGCCGUAAACAAGCGUCAUCCCUUACUUGCAAAGAUUCAAGAGCAACUCUCCGAAGCGGAGCUGCAAAGAUUGAAAGAAAUAAGCUCAUCGUAUUCUGUUGGAGCGACGCUGCUCCCUAUAAAGUCCGUCGGAGUUCAGGGUGAUUGUCGCACGUACAGUUAUGUUGCUGCAAUCUCAAGUGACUCACAGCCGUCAUGGUCAUCACUUAUGGUAUUUGCAAAAAUAAUCCCAAAACUGUGUCAUAACAUUAACAGAAUUGUUUACGUCUUUGGACCAAGAAUAGCUCAUCAACUGCAAGACGUUACUCCAACUUUUCUGGUGCCGAACGUUCUGGCCACGCUACGCCAAGCAGAUUAUCUAGCAAAUACCGCUUUACUGGAGAGCAACAAGAUGAGUUGUGUCAGCCAAAUGCCAAUAAUUCUUGUUCCAUUACACUUUGACCGUGACCCCAUUAUGAGGCUGCCUUCGUGCCAGCGAUCUAUAGUCAUCAGAACGUUUAUUACAAAUGAUUUCAUGACUGGCAUAGCAGCAACACCCGGCAAGCAGAUACCUGAAGAGCUUCUUAUGAAGAUUGUGGAUAGAGUGAAAUCUGUUCCUGGUAUCUCAAGAGUUAUGUAUGAUUUGACUUCGAAGCCUCCUGGUACAACUGAAUGGGAAUAGUCAGCUUCAAACAUUUUUCCUUAGCAAGGCGAUGGUACUAUAACAUUCAAAAUCAAACAAUUUGUAAUGCUAAAAAGAUGGUGAGAAGUGGAGACAAAAAAGGCACAGAAAAUGGAAAGACUUUUUUAGUUGUUAUACUUGAAACGCUUUAUCUUAUAAUUAGACUUCAUCUUUUUUCUCUUAAGGUUCUUUUCAUUGUUAAGAAUUUUAUUAGUGAAACAUUUUUAGUGGUACAAAAUUAUGAAGACUUUGAAAAAUACAAACAUUUUACAAAAUACUUGGCGUUUUUGCCGACACUCACUCAGAGUGUAAAACGACAGACUCAGAGUCACAAAGAUCCCCAACUGUGUAUUUUUUUGCCAGCGUUAACUUUUCGACCCUGAUUCUGACGUUUUAUGCUCUGAGAAGUGUCAGACGUAAAGUUUUUAGUAUGUUGUAAAAUGUUUGCUUCCGGUUUUAAAACCAUUUUUAAUACUUAAUAGUUUUAUUGGAAAUAAAAAACCUGUACAUGAAAGAAAAAAAUGGUUCCAUCAAACCUAAGUAAUGUCCCAUUAUCAUCACAUCUUUCCCUUUGGAAUGCAACAUCUUACAUUCCCGAAAUCUGCUAAUCGUCAAUUAUAAAUUCAAAGUAAUGCUUUUUUGAGAAGUAUCAAAUAGUUAUUCAGGGAGUGCAAUAAAUUGAAAACUAUACUCAUGAUAAUGGAAAACUUUUUUGGAACAGUCAAAAUUAUUUUAAAUUGUGCCUUCUUUUAUCAAUUUCCCUUCUUUUUCCCAUUCCAUUUGCCGUUACAAUUCCCCUCGACAUUCAUUUGCUACCCAAUUCAUGUCUUCUGGCAGCUGCCCUCCUCCUUGCAAGAGUAGUCGUGGCCAUGCUAUGGAUUAAUAUAUCCUUGCCUACAUUAGGAACUAGUAGAGUUGUUUCUAUGACAAUUUAGAUUCUUUAUAAAGCGAUUAGAUGAAUGGAAAAAUAAGACCCAAUAACAAACGAACGUCUAAGGUUUGUUCUGUCAUUCUUCGUCACUAUUUUCGUAUCAUAUGAUGCUUUCCCUA